CUAGUGAACUCGUCAAGAUGUUAAUGAAAAUAACACUGUGUCUUAGCUUUAUAGUGUAUGUUACUUCAGAAGCAGUAAAUUAUGAUAAUUACUGUUUAUACAAGCUGCACCCAGAGAGUGAUGAUCAUUUGGAUUAUUUAAAUGAAUUGAACAGUGAAGAUGGGGUUGAUUUUUGGAAAUUGCCGACGAGAGCUGGUGAUUAUGCAAGUAUGGUUUUGUCACCAGAAAAACGAGACAAAGUAGAACAUUCCCUAAAGAAACGCAGUCUUGCAUAUUAUGUGAUGAUGGAAAAUAUUCAACAAGCUUUCGAUGAUCAGAUAAUGAGCAGAAGGAAACGCGAUGCAGGUGAACUGUAUUGGACAAACUAUCAGACUCUUGACGAUAUAAACGAGUGGUUCCAUCACUUAGCCAGAACUCACAGUGACAUUGUUAGUAUUAUAAAUCUCGGAAAAUCUCAUGAAGGCAGAGAUAUCAUCGGUGUAAAAAUAUCAAGAGGGACAAGCGGUCGAGCAAUUUUCAUAAAUGGUGGUCAAAUCGCAGCAGAUUGGUUGUCACCAACUGUCGUCACGUACCUAGUCAACCAAUUGGUAUUAGGAGAAGAUCCUGAAGCAUUAGCUGCUUCUAGAGAUUUUGAGUGGCACAUAUUCCCAGUUAUAAAUCCAGAUGGCUACGAAUUUACGCAGAACGCUGAAAGGCUUUGGCUGAAAAACCGGCGCCCUGUUUCUAACGCGAUCGGUGUUGACUUGUCCAAGAAUUGGAAUUCUCAUUGGGGAAUAAUUGGUGGAAGUUUUACGCCUUCAGCUGGGAACUACGUCGGACUAGGGCCGUUUUCUGAGCCAGAAACUAGAAGAGCUUCAAAUUAUAUAGAAAGCAUAGGCUCAAAUUUAGUUGGUCUUCUGUCUUUUGGUGGUUUUGGACAACGUCUUUUGAUACCUUAUGCUCACACCACCCAACAUUUACAAAACUACAACGAAAUGUUGACUAUUGGAAGAAGAGCGAUGGGAUCUCUUGCAGUUCGCUAUAACACACAGUAUCGAGUGGGCACCUCAAUGGAAGUACAUGAUGGUGCCACUGGAUCCAUAGCUGACUGGGCCAAAUUCCGUUUCAAUCCCCCCAUCGCAGCCACCUACCUACUGAGGGACGAGGGUGUUUGGGGCUACACGCUGCCCGUCAACCAGGUCCUGCCAACUUGCGAGGAGACCUUCGACUCUGUGAUGGCCAUCAUAAGAGAGGCUAAGUUUAUCAAUGUUUUAUAAUAAAGUGAA